AUGUCAAGGCCAUCUAUUAUGAUUGGCGACUUGAUACCCGAACAAAACUUAUGGAAAAUUGUUGUUCGUGUUGUCGAUGUUUGGACAGUCAAGGAACGUAAUGGUCAGCAACACAUCGAAGCGGUUAUCCAAGAUGCAAACUGGCUCAACAACCGUAUUGGGAGAAAGAACUAUAGACAAGUUUUCAGCCUGAUGGUUGUUGUUAUGCUCUUGCUGUGGCUAUCAGCUGAUUUGUCAAAACCAGAAAAAGUUUUGGUUGUUGAAAGAGUUAUUGAAUUCUUGGGGCUUCAAUCUGUGCGAAAUUCCGUAGUUGGAACUGUGGAAAAACGAAGGAUCUCUGGAGGACAAAGGAAGCGUGUAAAUGUUGGAUUGGAAAUGAUUAUGGAACCUUCACUUUUGAUGUUAGACGAGCCAACAUCUGGCCUAGAUAGUGCAUCAUCUCAACUUCUUCUAAGAGCAUUAAGACAUGAAGCUCUUGAGGGAGUGAAUGUUUGCAUGGUGGUUCACCAACCUACGUCUCAGGAUCAUUGUUCUGGAGCGGAUAUAAUCAAUGGUUCUUUCAAUAAUUACAAAUAUGCAACUGUGGAGCAUUGUGUUGCACAACAACAGACAACGAAUAUAAUUCUCUUCUAUAUCAGCUAG